UCCCCCACCAUUUUUGAGUAGUCCUCGAAAAAACGGUUCUUCUUGAACUGGUGGGUGGAAAGGGAAUAAGGAAUCGGAUUCAUUUCUCUGCCCAACAAGAGGAGUCACUCUAUCAUAUCAGAUGAGAGACAAAAAGAGGGGCAAAUUAAGAGAGAUAUGCCGAAGGACGAUAUGAUUCGAGCUACCGUCGAAGCAAUACACGCGAGUCCCACUCAAGCUGUUCUCUAUCUCUCUGGCGGAGCUUCUCAGGCCCUUGGAUGGUUGAUUUCUGUUCCUGGUGCUUCAAAUACAGUGCUUGAAGCUGUGGUUCCUUAUUCAAGAAUCUCCAUGGCUCAAUUACUCUCCAAGAUGCCCACAUCUUUUGCUAGUCAGCGAACUGCUGAGGAUAUGGCAUUAUCUGCUUAUAAUCGUGCCCUAAAACUCUCCAGACCAGGUUUCCCAGUUGUUGGUGUGGGAUUCACUGGAUCUUUGGCUAGUUCACGUCCAAAACAUGGAGAUCACAGGGUUUUCCUGUCAACGCGAACAUCCGAUCGACUCUGGGUAUCUAAAGUGACCUUGUCAAAGGGACUCCGAACUCGUGAGCUAGAAGACAAGGUUUCUAGUCAGCUUUUACUUAAGGCACUUGCAGAUGCAUGCAGAGUUUCAUCAUUAUUUGUUUCAGAAUUGAGCGACUCUGAAGUACCUGAUGAUCAUGAGAAGCUUUUCGUUGAGGACCAAGAAUUGCGGCAACUUAUAGACGGGGAAAUAUGCAUGAAAAUUUAUCCAUUUUCAAGUGAAAAAUAUACUCCCAAUUCAGAGAGAAAGAUAAUAUUACCUGGAUCCUUCAAUCCUUUGCACGACGGACACCUCAAACUCUUGGAAGUUGCUAGAAGCAUUUGCGGUGAUGGUUUUCCAUGCUUUGAGAUCUCUGCAAUCAAUGCAGACAAGCCUCCAUUGACAGUGUCUCAAAUCAAAGACCGAGUCAAACAAUUUGAAAAAGUUGGAGAGAUGGUAAUUAUUUCUAAUCAGCCUUACUUUUACAAGAAAGCCGAACUUUUUCCUGGCAGUGCUUUCGUAAUUGGUGCAGACACUGUAGAAAGGCUUGUAAAUGUGAAGUAUUAUGGAGGCGACUAUGAUAAGAUGUUGGAGGUGUUGUUAGGAUGUAAAAUAACUGGUUGUACGUUUCUGGUAGGUGGUCGAAAUGUUGGCGGUGUUUUCAAGGUUCUCAAAGAUUUUGAUAUUCCAGAUGAGUUAAAGGAUAUGUUUAUCUCGAUACCGGAAGAAAAGUUUCGUAUGGACAUCUCAUCAACCGAGAUUAGAAGUAAAAGUGGAAUUUAGUUAUUCAGUGCAAAAAAUAAAAAUCAUGUUUCCAAGUCAAUAUAUUUUGACUAAUGUAGUUCACAGUUCACACAAGCAUCUUAAUCAUGAAAGACCUCAAAUAUUUGUUCUGACACUAUCAAGAGAGAUAUUUGCAUAGUUUGAUUGCAAUAUUGCCAGUAAAGGCAUCCUUCUGCUCAUGUGAUUCUGUAGGUUUUGGUUAAAAUUUUGCACUGCAGAUGGUUUGCACUUUUUCUGCAAUGAUUUACUGUCUUGAAUUACUGUCCA